GUUUCUUUAAAUGUACGAGAUACUCUGCUGGAGGAAAUGAAAAACCAGGAGUUGGAAAUGAGUUUCGUUUUCUCCGUCUAGUGUACUUGGACUUGAUAGAACAAAACUGAGGCUGGUCCGACAGAAAUAAUGGACAAAGAAACCCUCCCUACUGAAAUUGAAGGUAUGGUGGACCAAGAGGACUAUGGAGAAGGAGACACAGUAGAUGCAAAACCUGACCGCAGAUCGAGAUUUUUGUUUUUUGGCAGUAAGAAGAAGGAUGGCAAGUUUCAGGAAAAAGAGCAGUCUUCUGAAAGCUAUUACAGGAUUGUUUCACCAACAUUCCAGUAUAAGAUGAGCCACCGGCGCAUUGGCAAGUGCAUCAUCAUCAACAACAAGAACUUUGAUGAAAAGACAGGGAUGAAUAUACGCAAUGGCACAGAUCGUGAUGCUGGAGAGCUGUUGAAGUGCUUUACAAACUUGGGCUUUGAAGUUAACAUCUACAAUGAUCAGACCUGCAGGAACAUGGAGAGACUACUUAAAAAAGUCUCAGAAGAGGACCACACUGACAGCUCCUGCUUCGCCUGCAUCUUGCUGAGCCACGGUGAGGAGGGCAUGAUUUACGGCACAGAUGGAGCCAUACCCAUCAAGAGCAUGACCUCGCUCUUCAAAGGAGACAUGUGCAAGAGCCUCGUGGGCAAACCCAAGCUCUUUUUCAUCCAGGCUUGUCGGGGUUCAGAGUUUGAUGAUGGUGUGCAGACAGACUCGGGACCGCCCAAUGACACGAUAGAGACAGAUGCCAAUCCAGGACACAAGAUUCCGGUAGAGGCGGACUUCCUGUUUGCUUAUUCAACUGUGCCAGGUUACUACUCCUGGAGGAACCCAGGCCGAGGCUCCUGGUUUGUCCAGGCCCUCUGUAACGUUCUUGAUGAGUUUGGCAAGCAACUUGAGAUCAUGCAGAUUCUCACACGGGUCAACUACAUGGUGGCCACCAACUUCGAGUCCUGGUCAGAGGACCCCCGUUUUAGUGAGAAGAAACAGAUACCUUGUGUAGUGUCCAUGUUGACUAAAGAGCUCUACUUUAACUGAUCUGAGUAGACCAUCGUUACAUGCUGUGCCUUUUCUCAGCGCACACAUUUUCUUUCCAAGAACGUUAUAGUAGCACACUUUUGUUAUCUUUUAACAGUAAACAUUAACCAAAUUGUUAACAUUUUUGUCAAGGAGGGAAACCUCAGUCUAAUACUUGAGCAAAAUACUUUUACAUAAAUGUAAGCAGAAUUUUUAAGUGGUGCACAUUUUAGGAUGGCAGACAGGAAAGACACAUCAGGUGUUCAAAGACUGACCACUGACUGACCAACGACUGAUUUCACUCAACCAAACCGUCACAACAUUCAGGGAGGAUCCCAGCUGGAAGCUUGUGUGUGAAAGCAAUUUGUUAUGUUAUGCUGGACAUACGAACACUGAAAGGUCUUCCUUUGUCCUACUUCCAGUUCAAGUUCACUACCUUUUCAGAGAAUGUUCUCAAGAGUAUUCCAGGGAAUAGUGAUGUCACAUAUGAUUUGAUCUUUGUGCCGUGUCAAAUAUCCAUGUCGCUUUGCCAACUUUGAAAGUUUUGAAAGCAACUUUUACUUUACUAGAUAACACCCUUUAUUGAUCUUAAUAAA